CCUCACUCAUCCAACCCAUCCCCUUCCAUCCACCGCCCCAAAUCUUCCCCCCUGCAUCACUCCAGCCCGUCAGCCCCGGUGCACGAGUGCUUGACGUAUGCGACCAAGAUGUCGGAAGCUUUCGAGCGGGAAAGGCAGAACAACGAUUCCCUCUCCGCCCUCAGUGCGAAGGUCAGCCAGCUGCGCAGUGUGACGGUCGACAUCUACGACAAUGCGCGCGACCAGGGAGUCAUCGACUCCACCUCCGACACCUUCUCCAACAUGACCACCUCGCUCAAAGGCUCCGCGAAGCGCCUGGGCACCAUGGCCAGCCAGGGCAACCGCGUGGCCAUCCUCAAGCUGGCCGGCAUCAUCAUAGGAGUCUUCGUGCUCUUGUACUGGAUCUUCACCUGGAUCUUCUGAGCAUGAGCAUGAGCAUGAGCUUGGGCAAGGGUAUAGGCAUGGGCUUGGGCAUGGCCUUGGGCAUCUUUUCAGCGCCGGCGUCGGGGGGAAACAUGAUACUAGUAUGUUAUGGCCAUCUUCUGCCUCCCGCUUCAUG